AUGCGUUAUUCUUCAACCUCAAGAAGUAUUAAAAAUAAUUCUGUUGUAACUGAAACAGUAUCAGUUUUAAAAAGAAAAAAAGUAAUUAAACCAGUUAAACAAAAUCACAAUUCAUAUGAAGAUACACCUAGUGAUGAUGAACCAAUUCCAACCGUUCUAACGGAUCAAAAUUUAAUUGAUAUAUCAAAUAAACGAAAAUGUUACAUGACGAAAUAUAAUAUUCUUGAUCAUGAUGAUCCAGAAAUUGUUUCAGAUCUAUUAAACGAUAAAAAAAAUUAUGAAAUUCUGAUUAAUGAUGAAGAGUCCUCUACAGAGGAAGAUGAUCAUGCUUUGAGUGAAGACA